AUGUCAGCGGGAACUGUUGUUAUAACCGGAGGAAUUCUCGCCGGGGUGAUACUGCUGUGCAUUGUAGCAGUGCUCUGUUACUGUAGACUCCAGUACUACUGCUGUAAGAAGAAUGAUUCUGAGGUGGACGUGGGCUCCGUGGUCGGAGGGGACGCCCACGCUCACUUCGCCUGCAACGCGUGCAGUGCCCUCGCCCUGGACGGCACGGCGGUCACCCCCGUCUCGCUGGAUCAGCUGGAUGCCGGCCCCCUUCACAACCACUGUCCCACCUGCUCGCCGUACUACCUCCGCUCUGGACUCAGUGAUGACAUACAUAACGGAGGGGAGCGGCUGGGCUUCCAUACCUACUACGAGAACCCAUCUGUUUCUCUCCCCCUGUCUGUCAACCCGCAGGGACCCUCCCCUCUGAAUUAUUACAGUCCCACGGACAUGUUCCCUCCCCCACCGCGCCCCUACAGCACCCAGGUCUGA